AGGAAGGCGGAGGCGACGCGCAGGAGGGAAGAUGGAAGACUACCAGGCUGCGGAGGAGACUGCUUUUGUCGUCGAUGAAGUGAGCAACAUUGUAAAAGAGGCUAUAGAGAGCGCGAUCGGUGGCAAUGCCUACCAGCACAGCAAAGUGAAUCAGUGGACCACAAACGUAGUAGAACAAACUUUAAGCCAACUCACCAAGCUGGGAAAGCCAUUUAAGUACAUCGUGACCUGUGUGAUUAUGCAGAAGAACGGAGCGGGGCUGCACACGGCGAGUUCCUGCUUCUGGGACAGCUCUACGGACGGCAGCUGCACCGUGCGGUGGGAGAACAAGACCAUGUACUGCAUCGUCAGCGCCUUCGGGCUGUCCAUCUGAGGCUCGCCGGCCCUCCGCCCGUGCCUGCGCCGCCUCCCCACGGCCGCGGGCUCCGGCCAGCACCUUCCUCCUCCUCUCUCUCGUGGCGCUCACCGCGUCAAGGACAGCCAGGUGACUGCCCUGUUCUGUGAACGGCACAGCGAAGUCCGAGGACUGUCAUCCUGGGUGCUCAGGCCUCUGCUGCCACUCUCUUAACUCUGAAUAUUUCUUUUCCAAAGGUGCUAAAAACUGAAAUCUGCUAGUGUGAAACUUUCUCUCUCUCAGAUACACUAAUUUUCCAUACUUUGUACUUUGGUUAGAAUAAUAAAUUAUUCCAC